UACUCAUGUAAUAAUAAAACCCACACAAAAGCUUCCCACGCGUAGUAAAAUAAAAAAUAAAAAUUCAAUAUCAAUAAACUGUGAUCCCAGGGCAGUUCCCAAGUGGCCAGUUCCAAACGUAUAUGAUCCACUUACCGUCGUAGAAUAACCCAGUCAUUGCCAUAACAACCCUUCAUGUUGAUGUUGAUGUUGACAAUACAAACAAUGAACAGACAAACCUCCAGUAGUAGUCCACUGCAGUAAAAAUACGAAAAAUUCAGUCACCGAAUGCACGAGUAUAAUAAAAUCGUAUUAUUAAAAGUGUUUGUGCUUUUUGUGCCAGAGGGAUUUGUCAUUUUUAUCUUUGACGGCCAAAAAAAAAACAACAAUGACUUCUCUACUUCUAAAUGGCACCCAGUCAACAAUUAAAAGCUCAAGUAAAACCGAUUUUAACCUAACAUCCAAUAAUCCGAAGCACUUCAUCAAACUGAUUGCAACGUACUCGUAAUUCCGGCGAAAAGUACAUGCCAGAACCACAUCCGAUGGAAAAGCUGAAUUGGCUCAUUCAUUUAUAUCACAUUCGUGGCGAAAUUGGACCUUGUCGAACGCUAAUAAACGAUGAAAUUGAGCAGAGUCAGGGGAAAAACGAAUUCGCUCUGUAUAAAAAGGGUAUAAUUCUGCGCGAAGAGGGAAAUCUGCAGGAAUCACUCGAAACAUUUCAGCAGUGCCAUAAAAUAAAUCCGGAAAACGUCGACAACCUCAAACAGAUUGGAAAAUGCCUCUUUAUGUUGAAACGAUUCCGGCUGGCACUCGAAGCAUACUUGCAAGCGGAAAACGCUGCACAAAAACAUGACUGGGAAAUCUUUCAUAAUAUAGGCGAAUCGUGCCUCCAACUGAAAGACAACAACCGCGCGAAAGAGUAUCUGGAAAAAGCAGUAAAUUUGGGCAAACAGGAAGUAUCCUAUAAUCUUUUAAUUAAAAUCUUAUCAAAAGAAAACGAAUGGCAGACUGCGGUAACCACGAGCAACAAAGGCGUUGAAUCCUGUCCGGAUAGUGCGGAUAUGUUAACGAAGUCAGGAAUUCUAUAUUUGCGGAUUGGUGAAACCCAACACGCAUUCGAGCGAUUGAGUUCAGCACUAGCAUUGGACGCGAGCAACCACCGAGCACUGCUGGGAAUUGGCUGCAUUACACAAAAUCACGAGGAACACGACGUAGCACUCUCCAAAUACAAGAUUGCUGUGCAAACAGAACCGAAUUCGGUUGCCCUGUGGAAUAAUAUCGGAAUGUGCUUCUACGCAAAGCAGAAAUUCGUUGCGGCCGUCACCUGCCUGAAAAGAUCGCUGUGGCAUUCUCCGCUCAACUGGAAAGUCCUAAUUAACUUGGGACUGGUGAAUUUGCACACCGGGCAAGCUGCCUCAGCAUUCAACUUUAUCUGCGCGGCAGUAAACAUUCGUCCGGAUUUGGGCCACACAUUUAUGCUGCUCGGCUGUGCUUUGCUGGAAUUAAAUGAUAAGGAAAACGCAUUGCAAGCGUUAUCUCAAGCUCUGGCAAUGAGUCCUGAUGAUGCGUAUAUUGUUUUGAAUGCUUGUUUGUGUUAUUAUCAAACCGGACAUCGCGACAAGGCUGCUGAAUUGCUCGAGCGCUUUAAAAACUUAGCGAAUGGUGUCAAAACAGAAGAGUUAAACAAACUCUACGUUAAAUUGGAUUUAAGCCUGACUGCCAUCAACGAUGCUGACCAGCCCCCGCCUCCGCCGCCAACCGGGAUUAAAUCCAACGAAAACAUUAUUAAUAAUCCCGACGAUAGUGCUGCCACUGAGGAUACAAAAGAGUCAACAAACAUUGCAGAUAUGGUUUAAUUCUAUCACAUUUUACCAAAUAAUUAGCAUUAAAUAUUUCGGUUAGAACAUUUUCCCACUUAA